AUGCGCCCCGACCGGCCUCGCGACCCCGUCACCGGCCCCGACGAGGGCCCCGAGUCCCCGUAUCCCAUCCGCAUGAGCGGUCCUGUCAUCAAAGGCUUCGGGCGGGGCAGCAAAGAGCUGGGCAUCCCAACAGCAAACAUCCCCGCCGAUGAGCUCUCCCAGCAUCCUGAGCUAUCCGUGGGCGUCUACUACGGCGUCGUGGCACUAGAUCCAGCGCGAUUCUCAACAGGAGAGACCGUCCUCCCCGCCGUGCUGAGCAUCGGCUACAAUCCUUUCUACAAGAACGAAUCCAAGUCAAUUGAAAUCCACAUCAUGCCGCCCCUCUCCGCCCCCUCGCCGACCGCCACUACCUCCACCGACGGACAGGUCACUUUCCACAAACUACCCGACUUUUAUGGCACACCACUCAACUUGCUGAUUCUGGGGUAUAUCCGUCCGGAAUAUGAUUAUAUUUCGUCGGAGGCGUUGAUUGAGGAUAUUCGCGUGGAUUGUGAGGUCGCCAGGCGGAGUUUGCAGCGCCCGGCGUAUCGGUGUUAUCUCGAUGCUAGGGCGGUGGAGGAUCCGGCUUGCGGGGGAGAUGAUUGUGGUAUAGUUGUUGACGCCAUUGAUGGUGGCGCUAUGCGAGGGAUGAGAUUUUGUAUAUAG